CUUCUCCCGAAACCAUAAAUAAAAAAGUUAAAAAUUCGAGAAACUUCUUAGGAUGGGGACAGAUGAAAAGCUUCAAUUUUUUUUUUUUUUUUUUUCGGGUAGACUGCUUCAAAGCUUCAGUUCUCUGGAGAAAAACACCGAACACUUCAGGACACCAACGAGUUUCAAUCUUUUUUUUAUUUUCUGCGUUGCUACCUAUUCCUUUCGUUCUCGGCUGCAUCUGGAAGCUUUUCUUGUGCCCUAGCUUUUCUUUCUUGUGAGCGAAGCUCAACUUAGGAUCUGAGAACUGGGAGGAAGAAGAAGAUCAUUUAAUCAGUUCCAUCUCUCCAAGGCCUAAAAUAUUUCUAUUUCUUCUAUUAAAAUCAGACAUUUUUUUCUAGUAAGCAUUUCUAUCCUUUUCAUUAUCAGUUUGUAGCUCUUCUUUUAGUUUUUUUAUUUGAUCCUGAACUCAAAUCAAAGGUCUUUGUUUGCCCUUAAUAAAGUUUAAAGUUUCUCCUUUUAUAUUCCAUCGAUCUGCUUUGGCUUUCUUCCAAGUCAAUCUGAUUCUUGACUCUGGACCUUGCAGCCCAAGUGUUCCAGUGGCUUCGACUUAGAUAUCAUCUAAAUUUCUUCAAGUGUUACUCUUUUACGGAAUGUGUGAACAGUUCUAAAUACAGUAAAUCUUUGCGUCAUCUUCGUUUUUCAUUUCCAUUUUGGAUUGAAGCGAGUUCAUAUUUGGGUAGUGAUGGUUUCGUGUUUGCACUAAAGUCUAUGGGUUUGACCGAAAACAUAUGUUUCUUCACAAAAGAAAAUUUGGGCUUUGGCUUAAAUGCUAUUCUUUCUGCGGAAAAGGCGGCUUUGGUGCGGUUACCGAAGCUACUUGCUUCUCUUUGGUUUUCUUAUUCUUCUGUCCGGAGCUUCUCUGUCGCUUCGUAAGAUUGGGGCUGUGUAUUGCAAUUGCCAGAAACCAGCAACUAAAGAAACGACCAUUUCAAGAUUUACCUUGACUGAUUGGAGCAACUAUGAGGAAAUAUGCCAAUCUUCACGCAGUAAGGGCGUUUAGUGAUAGGAGGUGGAUUCUUCCAUUCUUUGCGAGCCUGCUUGUUUCUGUUACUCUGUUUUUAGCUGCAGUGUUUGGUCUUUUUUGCUCACCAUAUGCUGGAGAUCCACUCUCUCUUGACUUCGUUUCAUCAGCUCAAAUGGAGGAUUCCAGUGAUUAUUUUGUGGAAUCAGAUUUAAGGAGCUCUCUGGACCCACCUGGUGAUUCGAGAAUGGAACCACCCAGGAUAGCUUAUCUGAUUUCUGGGACAAAGGGUGAUGCCCAGAGAAUGAGGAGGACGUUGCAGGCAGUGUAUCAUCCCAGGAAUCAAUAUAUUUUGCACUUGGAUCUCGAGGCUCCUCCUCGUGAGAGGAUAGAACUGGCAACGUUGAUCAAGAAUGAUCCUACGUUUUGUAAGUUGGAAAACGUGCAAGUAAUGGCUAAAUCCAACUUGGUAACUUACAAGGGUUCUACGAUGAUCGCUUCUACCCUUCAAGCAGUAGCAAUUCUGUUGAAGUUUAAUGCUGAUUGGGACUGGUUUAUAAAUCUCAGUGCUUCAGAUUAUCCUCUGGUCACACAAGACGAUCUGCUUCAUGUUUUCUAUAAUUUGUCAAGGGAUCUCAAUUUCAUAGAACAUACAGAGAUUGAUGGGUGGAAACUGAAACACAGAGCAAGACCAGUAUUCAUUGAUCCGGGUCUUUACUUAUCAAAGAAGUUUGAAAUUUUUCGGACUAGUCAACGUCGAUCACUUCCAACAUCUUUUAAGUUAUUUACAGGUUCAGCAUGGGUAAUGCUUACCCGGCCAUUUCUUGAAUUUUGCAUUUUGGGAUGGGACAACUUUCCCCGGACGGUCUUAAUGUAUUUUACAAAUUUCCUCUCCUCCCCGGAAAGCUACUUCCACACUGUAAUCUGCCACACUGAACAAUUUCGAACAACGGCUGUGAAUCACGACCUUCACUACAUUGCUUGGGAUAAUCCUCCAAAGCAGCAUCCUCGCUACUUAACUGUUAAGGAUUUCAACAACAUGGUGAAAAGUGGAGCUGUAUUUGCCAGGAAAUUUGCAAAGGAUGACCCAGUAUUGGACAAGAUUGAUCAGGAGCUUCUAGGUCGGCCUGAAGGCCAGUUUGCUCCUGGUGCAUGGUGCAUUGGGAGUUCUGAUGGUGGGGCUGACCCUUGCUCCUUGAGAGGGGAUGAUUCAGUUUUUAGGCCUGGUCCAGGUGCUGUGAGGUUGCAAGAACUUUUGCAGAAGCUGUUGUCAGUAGAUCUUUACAACCAGAGUUGUUCAUCUCCCGGGAUAGAACCAACUAAUCUAACUGUGCAUUAAAGCAUAAAUGAAAUGUAUAUGAUUGGUGUAAAUUUUCAAAAUCUGAUACAAAAGUGUUGUAAGAUGUAACCAUUGUCUGCAUAUGACAUUUUUUUUUUUUUUCUGAGGUUAUAUCCCUUCAUUGUGGAUUCAGGUCGGACCCAGGAAAGAAAGAAGAAAAAAACCGUAGAUUGAAAGUCAAUAAAAUGAUAUAAAUUUAUUUA